AUGACUGCAUCUAUUCUUGUGCCCACAGGUCAGACCAUUGCGCUCUAUGGUCCUACGAACAUCUCCAGUUCGCCGUUCCUUGUGAUGGUUGACGGAUCCGAUCCGACCGCAGUAAUGCCGAACGCGCGCCUAUCAUCUCCCAACGCGUCUUCGGCUUCGACCACGCUGCUGUAUUUCAACAACAGGCUUUCGGCGGGGCCACACACCAUCACCGUCCGGAACAACCCCGUGAGCGAAAGAGACGUGCUCGCCGUGUCCCACUUCGAGGUCACGUCCGUCUCAGGAAGCACCAGCACUAGCAACGGAUCGGUAUCGGCGGCGCUGAUCGUCCCCCCGAUCGGCGGCGCGUUCCUGCUCCUCGUGGGCGUCACCAUCUUUGUGUACUGCCGCAGACGUAGACGCCGGCUCGCCAAGAUCCGUGCUAUGAUGAGCCCGCAUCCGUUCUGCGAUCUCGUGCAGCUGCCGCACGCGCCGCUUCCGAUCGCGCAGCCCCGAGAACGUAACCGCGUGCCGGUGUCGAUGUGUUUCAAUGUUGCUAAUACCGGUGUCGAUCCCGAGGCUGGGGUGCAGCCCAGCCCACCCGCUAUAUACGCGAGCGAGGGGCGGGCGCGGUAUAAGCCCCCGAAGCAGCGGGUGGAGGCGACGGAAGGUGUGGUGCACAUCGGCGAGACGCGGAACCGACCUGCUGGACGACAACUGCAUGACCAGCGCUCGCUCGCUGGGCUUGUGCCUGCCGCACAGACCGAACAUCGGGCGCAUCAAUCUGCCGGUGGUACCACACAUGAUGACGCGCGCAGGAAGCGGAAGCGGCGGCGCAAGGCCGUGCACACGUCUCUGUGCGUGCAGUUACCGCGGUCUUCAGUGCAGGCACGGGCCACGGGCGUAGCUCGUAGGGUGGUCCCCGAGAACGGCAGGGACGAAAGCCGUGCUCGAGGCGAUGACGGGGAGGGUACGAGGCGACGGUGGCGACCGCUACCAAUCGCCCCCUUUGCGGACCCGGGUAUGGCGCUUUCGGCGGCGCUCACGCAUGAGCGGGCCAGCGGGCCACGGUACAAGGUGUACAAGGUGCCUGUGAUAGAGGUCCCGCCACCUUACGAUCGGGGUCAUGUACGCCUCUAA